AUGGAAGAAAACGGAUUGCCAUUAGCACGAUCAGAUCCAUUCUCAGAGAUCAAUCCUGAACCCGGCAAAUCGUUCAUUUUUCCGGUAUAUGAAAUAGGAUCAAUCAUGCCGGCAAGAUUUAGAAGGGGAAGAGGAAAGGCUCCAGUCACUGGCCAUGAUCAUGAGGCCGGACCAUCACAUAGACGAACCCCAUCAAUCACAAUGAGUACCAGUCCUCAGGAGCAUUGGAGGACCCACUACCCGCCACUCCAUGAAGACCCGCAGAUAGGUGGGCCUUCAAACCCCAUCUCGGAAGUAGACUCUGCGCCUGUCGCGCCACCACCGUUGGGUUUUGUUAACCCAAUUCCUGCAUACGCCGGCUCAGCGGCUUAUAAUCCCUUUGAGCAGCCGGCCCACACCAACUACAAUUAUGCUGAGGUUGACCCAUACCAAGCAGCAUGGGAUUACAAUGCUCUCCACCCUGAGGGGCCUUAUGGAGCUCCCUGGGGAGUUGGAUACCCAGCUUAUGGGUACCAACAACCGCCACCUCCUCAACCUCACCAUCAGCAGCCGCCGCAACCGCAAUUGAUACCACCAGAGCGACAAUAA